CCACGCCCCCAGCUUAUGGAGGCGGAGCGCAGGGGAGCGGAAGAGCCAAUCAGUGAGGCGAAAGGCGAGGAGACUGGCCAAUCAGAGUGGAGGUUUAAAGGGCGCGAGCCAAUCGGAACCCGGGGCGGGCGCGCCGCGAUUGAGCCGCAAGGGGAGGGGGAAUUCGAAAGAGACCACGCCCUUUCGUUAGGCCACGCCUCCUUGGCGCGCGCGACGAGCGGGAGCCGGGGGCGGUGGCCCCGGUGCCCCGAGGCGAUGGCCGAGGACCGAGAUGUUAGAUUUGUCACCGAGGAGAGCUUCGACUUCAGCGUGCUGUCCCCGUCUGACAGCCAGGAGGAAGAGGAGGAUGAGGAUAGCCCGGGCGGGGGGUGCCAGCACGGGGGCAGCAGCGCGCACUGGAGUCCCCUGAGUGGGGCCCAUCUGGAAGAGAUGGUGCGGGAGGCCACGCGCCUGGCGGCACAGUUGGAGGGGUGUCACCUGCCCCCUCCCGCUCCCAGAGACCCCCCGGGACCCACCACCACACCCCGCAGCCCCCGCCGCCAGACCUUCGUGGUGAAGGACAGCCCGGUGCGGGCACUCCUGCCCACCGUGGAGUCUCAGGGACCUGCCCCUAUCCCCCGCCUCCCCACCAAGCCCCGGGGGGCCUCUGCUGCCACCAGUGUCCCCAAGGCACACCCCAGCCGUAAUUCCACAGCAGCAGCAAAGGGACCCUCGGGUGGCAGGGGGCUCCCUGCUAGUCGCGUGGGGCCCCCCCGGCCAUGUCCUCCCCAGGGGCAGGGAGCUGCUGCCCGGGGCAGGUCAGAGCCCCCCCAGGCGGGGACAGCAGGCCAGGCUAAGGUGAGAGGGGGCACAGUCUCCUGCCCCCCCCCCACCCGCCAGCCCCAUACCAGGACCACCACCACCCUUGUCCCCUCUGGCUGUUCCCCGGCACCCACUGCCCUCCCCAAGGUGUCCCCUCGGACUCCAGCAACAGGUGGGAGGACCCCCACGCCCAGAGGUGCAGGGGCAGCACGGGCAGCCCCCCCAACUGGUGCCUCAGGGUGCAAACCAGGAGCCCCCCCCGCCCGCCUGCGGCCCUCCCGCAAGACGGCGGUGAGCAGCACCCCGAGGUGACACCCCCAAACCACCCCACACCCACCCAGAGGCCCUGGGGGCACCCAGACCCCCCCCCUAGGUACCAGCUAAGGUACCUAGGCUGGGGGGGGGGGCAGAGCCAAGGCCACCCCAGGGAUGAGUUGAGGCAUCCACUGGGUUUUGGAAGGAGGCAGGCAGCACCAGGGGCUCCUAGGGAGCAGCCAAGGCACCUGUUGGGUUGACAAGUUGCAGGGCAGAGUUGGAGCCCCCAGGGACCAGCUAAGGUUGGGGUGGCAGAGCCAGAGGCCUCCCCAGGGAUGAGCCGAGGCACUCACUGAGUUUUGGUUUAAUUACAAAAGAUCCCAUCAGCAGUAGGAAACCCCCCACAUCCCUCAGCACCCAGGGGUCCCUCAUCCCCCCAACACCCAUCCCUGGGUUCCCCCACCUGAGCCUCGCCCCUGGGUAGGGGGGUGCCAGACUUCCCUGUAACCCCUAGCUGAUCCCCCCUCCACAUGCCCCCCACCUGGGGGAGUUGGCACCAUAGGAUGGGUUGCACCUUCAUGGAGGUUGGCACCUUGGGGGGCAAGGGGAGUUGGCACAAUGGGGGAAGUUGAUUAUAAAUUCCUUUUUCUGUAUUUUCAUGUAUUUUUUAAAUAAAACACUCUGCUGGGCAAA